AUGGACAUUGUCCGGAAUCUCGUGGCUGUUGUGUCUCGCACGUUCUACAGGGACGAGUACGUUAUUGCCCUCGACUACCUUAACCGCCACGAAAUCGCGCGUCACGACGUGCUGAGCAAAUACCUGCAUGUGUCGCCGAAAGAGGUCUUUAGGAUAUACGGCGACCUGGAGAAGCACAAGCUUGUUGGACGAACGUCUCGGCGGGACGAUCCAGGAGAGAAUGCACGGUUCUCGCGCGGAGGCACAAAGGCGUACUUUUUCCUUGACUACAGGCGGUUUGUCGACGUUGUCAAGUGGCGUAUGUGGACGCUGCAGGAAAAGGUCAAGGAGAAGGUGCAGAAGGAGCGGCAGAACCUGGGGUACGAGUGCGCAGGGUGCUCCAAGAAGUUCACCACCAUGGAUGUGCUGUCGCUGGUCGACAUGUUCACCGGCACGUUCAAGUGCGAUUACUGCAGCAACGAGCUGAUUGACAACACUGAGUCGGACAUUGCGCUGAUGUCACAAAAGGAGCUGUCGCGCUUUAUGGAGAAAUUCAAGACCAUUAUUGAGCUGCUCAAGCAGACCGAUAGCAUUACCUUGCCGCCGCCGACACCAAUGAAUGAGGUCCCGGUGCCCAACCUCGACGGCACCCCGGGCGACGAGGCCGCGGGCAAGGGCAAGCCGGGGCCAGGCAGAGAGCUCAACGUCUCGCGCGACACAGGAAUCACAAGCGGAAAUACGGUGAUUGAAUUUGGCCCCGACCUGACGCCCAAGGAGGCUGCGCGCCUGCGCGAGGGCGAGCUAGCACGCAAGAUGCGUCAGAACCAGCUGCCUGCGUGGCAUAUCUGGUCUACAGUCUCCGGC